ACUUCACACUCCCAGGCUCCGGCUCCAGCUACAGCAUCAGCCCCAGCCCCAGCCCCAGCCCCAGCCAGGAGCCAGCCACGGGAACAAAGGAACCAGUGCACCACAAGCUCCAAAGCAGCCAACACACACCAAGAAAAAACCAAAAGCCAUGCCCCCGGUAGCAGCAAAAGCACCAAUCGUUCCCCGCCGCCGUCUCUAAGCUACUGUGCAUACCCCCACCUCGCGGCCGCUCGCCGGUCCAUGGGUGCGGCUCGUCCGCGGCGCUGGAAGCUGCCGUUCCACCGCACCGUCAGCGCCGUGGGCGGCGGGGGCGGCGCGCCGUGCUCGCCCUCGUCCAGGUCGUCCUCCUCGCCCGCGCGGUCCGAGGCGUGGGCGGCCGAGGCGGUGCCGGAGGAGUUCCUGUGCCCGAUCUCCGGCGCGCUCAUGGCGGACCCCGUCAUACUGCCGUCGGGGAAGACCUUCGAGCGGGCCUGCCUCCAGGCCUGCGCGGAGCUCGCGUUUCUGCCUCCGGGAGUCGAGGCCGGGGACGCGGACACUGUCAUCCCUAACUCCGCGCUCAAGGCGGCCAUCUGCACUUGGUGCGCGCGCUCCGGACGGGAGGUGCCGGCGCCGCCGUCCGCCGAGGCGGCGCGGCAGGCCGUGCAGCGCGCUAUGCCUCCGGCGGCUGCCAAGUCCGUGAGGACGACCACCACAAGGCGCGCGGUGGUGAUGGCCGCGAGCACAUCAAACUCGUCCACGUCGUCGUACGGGUCGGCCUCGGAGAUCACCGCGGCGGAGGACGAGGCCAAGGCCAAGGAAGAGGCGCCGCGGAGGAGGACGGUCAAGGAAGCGGAGGUGGAGCCGGCGGCGGCGCCGCCGGCUGACCCGCUGGAGGACGAUGUGGUGGGCAAGGUGAUGGACGCGGACGACGACGGCGUGGUCGCUGCGGCGAUGGGCGCGCUGCGGGAGGCCACGCGCGAGGGCGAGGAGCGGCGGCGCGCGCUAUGCACGCCGCGCCUUCUCGGCGCGCUGCGCCGCGUGCUGCUGCUCCCACGCCACGCGGCCGCCCGGGUGGACGCGGUGGCCGCACUGGUCAACCUCUCCCUAGAGCCCGCCAACAAGGUGCGCAUCGUGCGCGCGGGGGCAGUGCCGGCGCUCGUCGAGGUGCUCCGGUCGGGCGCGUCGGCGCCCGAGGCGCGGGAGCACGCGGCGGGGGCGCUCUUCGGGCUGGCCCUCAACGAGGACAACCGGGCCGCCAUCGGCGUGCUGGGCGCGGUACCACCGCUCCUCGACCUGCUCACGUCGCCCACCCACGCGCCCCGCGCGCGCCGCGACGCCGGGAUGGCGCUCUACCACCUCACCCUCGCGGCCGUCAACCAGUCCAAGGUCGCGCGCUUCCCCGGCGCGCCCAAGGCGCUGCUCGCCGUGGCCUCGGGCGCCGCGGAGCCGGGGCCCAUCCGGAGGCUGGCGCUCAUGGUGGCCUGCAACGUGGCCGCCUGCGCCGAGGGCCGCAACGCGCUGAUGGACGCGGGCGGCGUGGCGUCCGUCUCCGGCAUCCUCCUCUCGCCUUCUCACGACACCACCAACGGCGGCGGUGGCACCGCGGACCUGGAGGAGUGGUGCCUGUCGGCGAUGUACGCGAUGAGCCGAGGCAGCCUCCGGUUCCGCGGCCUGGCGCUCGCGUCCGGCGCGGACCGGGCGCUCCGGCGCGUGGUGGCCGACGAGGGCGGCGGCGUCCGGCGCGAGAUUGCUCGGAAGACCCUCCGCGCCAUGCGGAGCGACCUCGACGAGGACGGCGGCGAGUACAACGACCUGACCGGAAGCAGCGCGGAGUGCGGCGACGGUGAGGACUGCGGCGGGAGCAUCGUGUCGGACGGGCUCAUGUCGUUCCGGCGCCGGCAGCGCGAGCUCGGCGUCUCGUCGUGCGGCAACACCGCCGAGUUCUGAACCCGUUCUCCGGCGACCGGUGCCCGUCCACGUCCAUUGCGACUGAUGUUUUGCGCAUGUAUAAAUUGCUUGGUUUUAGGUUCACGAGGUUAGACAUUUGUGCCGUGUGUGAAGCAGAUGAUGAAAAACUUCCAUGGUUUUUGGAACCUGUGUGUGUGACUGUCAGUGAA